UCGACAAACCUCAACACAGGAGAGAGAGAGAGAGAGAGACGAUGAAUUUGACAGCGAUACGAAGCGGAGGACUAUUCGAAGGUCUAUACAAGGUCCUUAUGCGCCGUACCUCCGUCUACGCCACAUUCGUCAUCGCUGGCGCUUUCGCCGGAGAACGGGCAGUGGAUUAUGGAGUUCACAAGCUCUGGGAGUACAACAACGUUGGGAAGCGGUACGAGGAUAUUCCAGUUCUGGGACAGAGGCCAGUUGAAUGAGUUGCCAAUCUAUUUUUUCUUGUCUCCCUGGAGUGAAAAAUGGAACAUUGAACAUUUCUUUUUGAUCCUUGAAUAAGUAGUCCUUUAUUGGAGCAAUCUGACCGUUGUGGUUCAUAUCAUUUAUAUUGUCGGAUUUUUCAAGCUUGGUUUGUAUUUUUUGUGGGUCUAGCAGAAUCGACAGCUGUGAACAAUGGAUCCGAUGUAGACUCAAUUGCUAAAGUUCUUACUCUUCAAGCUUGGUUUGUAUUUUUUAUGGGUCUAGCAGAAUCGACAGCAGUGAACAAUGGAUCCGAUGUAGACUCAAUUGCUAAAGUUCUUACUCUCAGCAGAAUACUCUGCGUGUUAAUUU